UUUUCUCACUAUUUAUUCAGCAAAAAGAAACACCUCGUACAGUAGACUAUCAUGCCCCCCAAAGAUGAUGACGACCUAAUGACCCGUUCCGAGACGGAACCAGAGUCGUUCAACAGCAGCGACAAUAAUGACGACCAUCCCAUUGAGUACACGGCGGAAGAGUUGGAUGCGAUUCGUCAAGUCAAGACAAUGUUGAUGGAAGAACACGGCAUUGAAGAAUCUCGCAUUGGCUUGACCUUUUUGGCCGUGGCCACAAUCAACACCAAACUCCGUGUGGAGGAAGCCGUCAAGAAGAUGGUGAAAUUUCUGGAGUUGAUGGAAGGACUAGGAUGUCCCGAUGGCAUUAGUGAUGACGUGUGGAAACCAGAAGCUGUGUCCGAAUUGGCCGCCUACGAACCGUGUGGACCUAAUUACGAUGGAACGGCCUGCAUUUGGAUCAACGGGGGUGGUCGCAAGGUGUCCAAAGAGCAAGAGAGAAAUCAUGUUCAUGCUUGUAUUAUGCAUUUUUUGGCCGUGCAUGCCGAUAGUAACAGUCUUCGGAACGGCAUCACCAUGGUCAUGGAUGUGAGUGUUUCUCCCCAAGGACCCAAAAUUGGAAAUGAAGGCCAAAUUCAGGCAUUUUACCAGGGAUUCCCACAACGACCACAAUCCAUUCUCAUUGCGGGCACCAACAUUGUGACAAGAGUCAUUGUCAAUGCCAGCAUCAAAUUGGCCAGUCUCUUUACCAAACAAAAAGUUCUCGAUCGAAUAGAAUUCGUGUCGGUCGAACAGGCCAAAGGCAAAAUACCACUUCGAAGUGUCCCCAAGUAUGUCGGAGGUCUGGGGGGUGACAUUGACAGUACCGAAGAAUGGGUCCAUGCUCGUCUGCAAAAGUUGCCCAAGCCAGAGCUAUAAUCAUUCUCGAGACUACUUCCUCCUUAUUACAGAUAUAUAUAGAUUUUACCACUCCACGUCUAUGCUUAUUUAUAGGUUUAUUUAUAGCUGCAAUCCAUUUUGCUCGCAAGCUUUCGAUUCAAUGAUAAAAGCAGCCAACACAAAAGCGCAUGCCGUACACG